AUGCCGUGGCAACCAGUGUCGACUAAUCGCUAUGAUCGCGCAUUCGACUCACUGGAGAAGUUCUAUCGAGGCAUUGCAGAAGUCGCCCCUGUUAAGGAGGUGCGCCAGGCAUGGAAAGCUUUGCGGCGGCAGUAUCCUCAGAUUGCGGCUGUAGAAGAUGAACCCGGCACACGGCUGACCGACACCGUGCCGUCGCCAGAAGAACUCGAAGCAUGGGUGCACGACACUUUUUUCGUGGAGGUGGGGAAUUCCGCUACACAUCUCUACCAGACACUGUCGCCAUCCUCGCUCUUCUAUCUAUACUACCUCCCGAGAUCCUGUGAGCUGCUUUUCCGCACCCCACAUUGGCGCGUCGAUGGCAUCGGGUUGAUGUACCUGCAAGCCACCUUUCUUCGCAUUCUGGCCGACGGCCCGGCCGAGACGCAGCUAGAUGGCUCAGAAGCUGCCCGUCUAGCACCAUCCUUAGAUAAGGCUGCCCUGGUGCCGCCAGAGGUCACUCCAGCCCUGUCCGAGGCAGCGGAUGCUGAGUUGGAGGUGCUUCUAAAGGGUCUGCCUGGGGUAUCGAUUGCCACGCAGCGGAGGAUCCUCCCUGGUACGACGCGGCGUCUCCAGUGUGGGGCCUCAAGACAAACGACAAAACGUAUUAUCGCCGCCUGCAAGGCGCGCAGACUGACCGUCAUGACAGCGGGGGAGUUCAAUCUCUUCGAUCUUCGUAAGUACCUGUCUGCCCCGUACAACGGGCCUGACGCAGCGGCGUUUGCUCGGGGAUACAAGCGGGAUCUAAGUCGCGAGGAACCCAGGAAUAUCUUUACCUUCCUAGCCGAGUAUGUGCGCAAGAUCCUAGGGUUGUUAGGAGCAGCUCCAUCCGACCCAUUGCAGGCGCCGGCGCAUCCUGGGCUGAGCUCGGUCGGAGCUGUCAACGAUUAUCUUCCGCCUACUACUCACCAACGUGUGGACUUGGGAUGGCCAGGUGCAGCUUGCGGUCCACUGGAACGAGUCGUUCUAUAG